AUGCACGCCAUCGUGUUGGGAUUCAAUAUUUCGACAUUAAUUAUGUCAUCAUCAGUGUUGACAUGAUGACGACACAGUCCAAUCAUCGCCUCAUCAAACGGGUCACAGGCCUACAUUAUUAUAUUUCUGCAACUGCAAUGAGGUUCAUAAUAGUGUACUCAUGUGUGUUAACUCUAGUUGUGCUAUACACGUUAAAUUCAACUGAGAAAUUAAAAAUACAGAAUUUUAAUGUUGCAUUAUCAAGAUCACGUGACAUCAUCACCACGCCAAGAGAUUCAGCAGAAUAUAAUGACUCAUUUCCUGGCUAUAUAAGUCUUUCUACGAACAAGCCUCUACGUAUAUCGUGCAAAGAAUGCGCAAUUGUGGCAAGUUCUGGUCAUCUCAUUAAAUCGAACGCCGGAAGGGAAAUUGACCAACAGCAGUGCGUAAUACGAAUGAACUUUGCACCUGUUGUAGGCUUUGAACGUGAUGUUGGAUCACGCACCACCAUCCGGGUCGUGGGACAUCGAAACUUCAAAAUUCUACAUAAACGGAAAAUACUGAAAGAGGUUAUUGAAAGCAACACAACCCGGACUGAUAUGAUUAUAAUUAGUUGGAUGAGCUCCACCAAAGAAGUGCCUAAGCUAACCAGUGAAGUAUAUCAGUUCGCCUUUCUUUUAGCCAAUCUCUACCCAGAAGUCCCAAUAUACUCUGCUCAGCCUGAUCGAAUGAUGCAAGCCGAAGAACUCUUCAAAAAAGAAACAGGCUUUACGGUAAAGCAGGCCCAUACCAUGCUGACAACUGGAUGGUAUACAAUUGUACAUGCAAUGGAAUUCUGUUCUAAUAUAACUGUAUAUGGCAUGGCAAAUGAAGACUUCUGCAGUUCUACGAACUCAAGUGUUGCAUAUCACUACUACGAGUCCAUCAAAAAAAAGAGUGAGUGCGAAUAUUAUAAUAAGAGUGAAAACAGAAUACAUGGUGGACAUCUCUUCAUCACAGAAAAGUCUGUAUUCCGACGUUGGUCAAGUUACAUGGACAUCACUUUCAAACAUCCUAUGUGGCCGAGAAAAGAAAGUAACGGAACUCUACGUUCACCAUUUUUGGAAAAACGCAGAGGAAAAUUGAGGAAGACAAUGGCAUCAAAAGUUGUAAAUAAUAAUAAAUCAAAUAUUUUUACCAAGCCAAUUCAAAAAUUAUCAAAGGAGCAAGUGGAAAAUAAACCAGAUAAUAAUGUCACAAGUGAAAAAAUAAAUUCGCUAAAUAAGAGAAAACUGACUCACAAUAACAUGUCUGUCAAUUCAGCAAAAAUAUCAAAUGUGUUAAAUACGUCUGCCAAAUUGGAAACACGCAAUUUGAAGCCCAUUAAAAAUAAGAGAAAGCGACGGAGAAAAUACAAGAAAAAAAAAUAUUUGAGUUGAAACCCGCCUGUCUUAGCUUAUUAAAACAUAACUUGGUCUUGUGGGAGACGUUAGUCCGAUAUGUUCACCAGUUAAAAAAAACAAAGUGUUUUUCUGUUUGUUGCCUGUUACUGUAUUUAUCAAUCUUUUUAUAGGCUAUUUUAAUCUGAUGUAUCGUCUUUGCCUCUGUGUUUUGUUGUAAUUUAUUGUAUUUUUAUUUGGCCAGGGGGUUUAGAGGAUACCCACAUUUUGGGCUCUCAGCCUAUGAUGUUCACCUUGGCACCCCUCUGGCCAUAAUUUUCCUGAUUUGUGAUUUUUGUGCCGAAUAUGUAAUAAAUAAAUUAAUAGAAAUAAAUAAUGCACACCAAGCACGAACAUCUUUAUAAUGGACCUUUCCGGUGUGUCAACCAAACUUAACAACUGACCAAUCAAAACAGUGCCAGGAAUACGUGCGUGUCCAGCAAACACACGUGUUGUGCCACAAACGAACGUGUUUACGUAUGUUUUUACCAUAGAGCUAUUAGGCUAUGUUCUCACACGGCAGCUAACGGUUAGCAGGAUCCGGAUCCAGCUAACCGUUAGCUGCCGUGCGUCCAUGCGAGAAAAUCCCGAUCCGGAU